UUCCACCAAAACACAGUUAUAGAGGCAAGCAGAAAAAUAGAGACUUAAUUCAUUGACUAACGAACAGAGUGGCGAAUACGUACAUUUCUCUUCUUCCUAAAAAUGAACCACUCACUAAGACACUGGAAGGAAGCGGCCACGCUGAUUGUAGCCGCAGAACAGCGACUUAGUGCGGGCUCUGUAACUUCAAGGACGCUGGGCAAACUGGGCACUCAACACCUGCCGCACUCGUCUUGUUUUGACUACAACAUUUUGCUGCUAAAACGAAGUGGUAAAAGCGGUUUCAUGCCCAAUGCUUAUGUGUUCCCCGGAGGACUUGUGGACUCCUCAGACUUUUCGAUCGAGUGGCUGGAUAUUUUCAGAUCUUUUAGCAGUAAUCCCUGUUUGGGGUUGAGACAUGUGAAACAAAAUGCAGACACUAGACCCCCCAUAUUUGCCACUGAUAGGUUAAAGUUAGGCUCUCCAAUUCCAGGCGAGGUGGCUUUCCGGAUUUGUGCCUUGAGAGAAACAUUUGAAGAAUCAGGCGUGCUUCUAGUUGUUCCUAAAACUGACGAGAAACGUUUGCUCAAAAACAAAGGGGGCACGACCCAUCAAGGUAUUAAUGACAUAUGCUCCGAAGAACUAAAAAAAUGGAGGUCGUUGGUAAUCAAGAGCCCUUCUAACUUCAUCAGGAUGUGCAGGGAGCUGGAGGUCUUGCCUAACAUCUGGGCCCUACACGAGUGGUCCAACUGGCUGACUCCUGAGGGCAGGUAUGGAGGCAGAAGAUUUGACACAGCCUUUUUUAUUUGCUGCUUGAAAGAGAUACCCCAUACACUCCAGGACCAAAAGGAGAUUGAACUCUUCCAGUGGUCUACACCCACAGAGGUUUUGCAGAGCUAUGAAGCUGAGGAAUUCUGGAUUGCCCCACCACAGUUUUAUGAGCUGAGCCGUUUGUGUCAGUUUCCCUCAUUAAAUGAUCUCCACCAUUUUGCCAGUGAGCGUGCCAUAGAAGGCUGUGAACAGUGGCUGCCAGUUAUUACAGUUGAAAAGGACCACCAUAUCUCACUAUUACCAGGUGACAAGCUCUACCCAGUGAAUGUGUCAGAGUCAAGCAUGGGCCAUGAUAGAAGUUCCGCUCUGCACCGUAUGGUGAUUGCAGAUUCGUAUCAUAUAAGACUGCAGAUAAAUAUCACUCCCAAGUACAAGCACGUGCUGCCUGUAUUGCCUCUCAGCUCCAAAAGUCUGCUUUAAUCUGGACCGUCAUUUCUUUUAGUUAAAUACACAAAGCGGACAACUCUGUGUUAAUUCUUUAAAAACUUUAAUGGGAUAUUUUACAUAAGGCAUCAGUGUCUUCUAACAGAUGACAAGUUCCAUUUUUCAAAAAGAUCCUAUUUAAAGCAUUUUGAAGCUGUGUUUUUUUUCUGAUAAUAUACUUUACUUAAUAACAUAACCAAAAAUAUUGUUCAGAAAACUGUAUUACCUCAAUUAGUAUUGUAUUUUUCCUUUAGUAUUACUGUUGAUUGUUAAAGCAUUGGGCUUUAGUAUUUGCAAAUUGAGAGUAGCAAGUGAAACAUACGAAAAUGCGCUUAAAAUUGAGUUUUCUUAUGCACAAGACGUUUUGGCUUGUGAAAAUAUAUGGGAGAGAGAUACGAUAUGUUUAUUUUAUUAUUUAUGCAUUUUAGUCUUUACUAAGAUAAAGAGAUAAUGGUAGUUUAGUAAAAAUGAUGUUAAAACUGUCCAGAUUAGAAUAUGUAUAUUGACCAUUAGAUUUUUUUUUAAGUUAAAGUACUUCAAGCUACCACCACCAAGUUUAUUAUGACAGAUGUGACACAUGUUGCCCUUUGCCUUCUCUUCUGCCCUUUGUUCAGGCUCACCUGUGGUUUCUGGUCUUCUUCUGUUAGACCAAAACUCGCACACUGUCAGAAAGAGGUAACAUAGUUAGCAUGUAGUGAUUAUAUGUGAGAAUACAACAGGGCUGAAUCAGCCAAUCUAGUUACAGAUGGUAGUUUUAAAUACACCUAUGGUUAUAAGGUAUAUUUUAUUUCAACAUUUGUAACAAUCAUUUAGUGCCAUAUCUGAUACCUGUACACAGCUGACAGAUUUGAUACAGUUCUUGUGCUGUCCCAAUCCAUAUCCAUAGCAUUGUGUUAUUUAUAGGACAGCCCCAAUAAAAGGGAUAAAUGCAAAUAAUGCCAACAAACCUCAAGUGUUUUUUGUGAUGGAAGUGGUUCAUGUUUCCCUGAAAAAAAUAUUCUGUGACUACAUUUACCUACAUCAUCAAUAUGUUUUAGAACUCGACACUACUUCCUGUAAUAUUUUACACUUGACAUGUCAGAAUUAUGAUAAUUGUUCAUCUGGUAUUCUACCUAACUAUGGAAUUAGGGGGAAAACUUGUAAAAGCACUGUGUACAAGCAGUGUUAAAGGCAGAUUUUUGUUCCAAUCUGUUGCCAUUGUGCAUUGCAUUGUGCAUUACAUCCUAAAUUAACAUUAUUUUUUGUGUAAUAUUUUUUUGUAUUUUUUAUGGUCAUUAUUGUGUAAUCUAUGCUUAUUGCAAGUCUUUCAGUAAAACUCUCAUAUUUGUUUUUGUUAGACUUUCAACA